AUGGACAAGACCGGACGGGACGAGCUCAACACGAAGCUCUUCAAGGUCCUCGACUCGCACGAAGAGAUUCAUCCAAAGAUGACGCCGUUCGACCGCGCCAAGAUGAAGGCUAUCAUCUUCCAGGGCAGGACGACUGGACGCGACAUCAAGCACGCCAACCUGUACUACGAGGGCACCGAGGGCUGGACCAACGUCCACUACUACCGCAAGCACUUCAUCACCACUCCCAAGUACCUCUGCAAGGCGCGCGCGCUUGCCAGCAGCCGCCGGCUCGCUGAGGUGGUGAAGGUGGUCCCCGGCUUCAAUGAGGAGGUCGCGGUCACGCACGAGGGCGGCGCCAUCGAGACUGAGCCAACGACGCGGGACGAGAUCAUGGAGAUGGAGAUCACGAUGGCGAUGGCCUCGCAGACUCACCGAGUUGACGUGCGCCCCUCAGGCGGCGGCGAGGCCGUCGCUCCCGGCGCUGCUGCGAGUGCCUCCGAUAGCAGCGCCCUCGUCACUGCCGCCGACGCCGCUGCGGUCGGGAACCUGGUGGAGGACGACGAGUGGCUCGGCCUUGCGAUGGAGAUGGCCAUCCUCGUCCGCGUCGCUGUUCGCGAGGAGGCGAAGAAGCAGAUCCGCGGCUUCACCAGCAAGGACGACUACAAGAUCGGCGACCUGUCCAAAGAGAUUGACGCUCGCGUCAAGGCGGAGGUGGCGCGGCUGCGAGACAAGGACGAGUACGAGCUGGGCGACCUCUCCGUCGCCCUCGAUCAGCUGACCAAGGAGCAGGUCUGCAAGCUCACCGGCAAGAGCGAGUACGCGGCGGGCGACCUAUCAGUCGAGAUCGACGGCCGCGUCAAGAGCGCCGUGGCAGCCUUCUGCGGAAAGGAGGAGUACACUACGGGCGAUCUCACGCGCGAGAUAGACCGGCGCGCAAAGUCGGCCGUGGCGGACUUCACGGGGAAGGAGCAGUAUACCUUCGGCGACAUCAGCCGCGAGCUCGAGAGCCGCAGGGCGGCGUGGGUGCAGGAGUUCACGGGCAAGUCCGACUACCAGUUCGGCGACCUGACCAAGACCUUCGUCUCAAACUUCACCGGGAAGGGGGAGUACCAGUUUGGUGACAUCACCAAGAGGGUGGGGCAGAUGCUGUUUGGAAACAAGCAGGUGAAGAAGGAGAAGCAGUGA